GAUAGUGCCCUGCUUAGUUCAUACUCGAUUGAUGAUGGUAUGAGAGUACAUGUAAUUGACAACUUCACCCUUGUCAAAGAUUUUGCUGCUACUGAUAGUGAUGAAAGGUUCCAACUUUCUGAAGAAGAUUAUCAAAAGAAGGGUGACACACUGAGGUCAUAUCUACAACAAAAUAAACUGGGCAAAUACAAUGAAGAAGAAAUGAACAAAUCUAAGGAGCAACUGCAGCAGGAGCUUGAAGAGGAGGCAAAGUUAGUAUUAAACAGAAUUUUUUUUAACCCCCGACGCAAAAAGAGGCACUUUAGCUCUUAAACGGGCGAUCCGAUUUGGGUGCAGUUUUUUUUAUUUAAAAGCAGAUUUUUUAGCGGUGGUUCUUAGACAUGUUUUAUCAAAAUCGGUUCAGCCGUUUCAAGGUCAUCAUCUGUUUUGUUAGCUGUGGUAGGGUUCUUCUCGGGCGUAUUUAAACGCAUUUCUUCAGCAUUUAUUCUACUCUCGUGCUUCUACUGACACACCCUACUUUCACGACCAUACAUUAAAGUAGGGGCUAACACAGCAUUGUGAAAUAAUACAAAUAUUUAAUUAUUGUGUGUGCGUGCGUGCGUGCGUGCGUGCAAUCGUGCGUGCGUGCGUGCGUGCGUGCGUGCGUGCGUGCGUGCGUGCGUGUGUGUGAGGGAGUGAGUGAGUGAGUGAGUGAGGGUGAGUGAGUGAGGGUGAGUGUGAGUGAGUGUGAUAGAGUGUGAGAGAGUGUGUGAGUGUGUGAGAGUGUGUGAGAGAGUGUGAGAGUGUGUGAUAGUGUGUGAGAGAGUGUGUGAGUGUGUGAGAGUGUGUGUGAGAGUGUGUGAGAGUGUGUGAGAGAGUGUGUGAUAGAGUGUGUGAGGGAGUGUGUGUGAGAGUGUGUGUGUGAGGGAGUGUGUGAGAGAGUGUGAGAGUGUGUGUGUAUGUGUGUGUAGCUGAUACUGGAGUGUCCCGACCCAGAGACGAGAAUAGUAUUCCACAUGAGGCCGACCCUGCUCUUGGUAAAGCUGCAAGCGGUGGUCCGGCAUGAAAUACCGUCUUGAUCUACUGAACACACUAAUCGUUUUUGAUGUCCGAUUUGCCUUCCCUUCCAAGUGAAUGCGAAAGUGUACGUCUCUCAAAAUGUCGACGCCAAGGAUUCCGAUGCUGACUGAUGCAACGAGGAGAGUGCCCUGAAAUUGAGGAGAUACGACAACGGGUAUUUUUUGCGGUAAACACACAAACCUGUGUCUAUUGGGGGUUAAACUGGAAUAGAUUUAGUCGCCCCCAAUCCGAGACUUUGUUCAACAAAGACACGACUUCAGACACGAGUUUGUUCCAGCACUCGACGACAGAUUCCCGAGAAAUAUUAGCACCGCCGUUGUGUAUGAAGCAUCGCCAGUGCUGUCGUCUGCAUAACAAUAAAUGUUACUAGUAUGCAACAUAUUAUUGAUAUGCAGAAGGAACAGGGUAGGCAAUAGCACGCAGCCUUGUAGAACACCAGCAUUCACAGGUUUUUAGUCGUAGCAUGCACCAUAUACUACCUUUAUAGUCCGUUUUGUAAGAAAACUAGUGAUCCAAUUGCAUAAUUUCUCGGGAUGCUCUAUAAGAAGGAAGCUUCAAAAGAAGCGCUUUGUGCCAAACCCCAUCGAAAGUCUUCGCUAUGUCCCCCUCGACUGCCUCCGCCCGUCGGUAAGUCAGGCAGACAAUAAGACCACCAGCUGAACGACCUCGACGGAAACCGUAUUGAUGAUCACUAAUCAGCUAAUGAUCUUGCAUGCUGCCAGCUCAUGCAGAUGCAUCUCUGCUCUGACAGUUAAUAAUGGAUUCCAUUAUUUUGGACAAUAAGGAGGUGACGGAAUUAUUUUAAAGAAUAUAGCCAAAGGCUUGAAGGUGGACGGGUUCGAGCGGUCACCUUCUUUAGGGAUCGGGUGCACUAAGGCUGUCUUCUAUGAGCCUGGAACGACGCCCAAAGUGUCAAAUCAGCGUCAACUAUUGAGUACACGUCUUAAGCACAAUUUGGGGGAUUCCAUCAGGCCCACUCGACUUGUUGACAUCCAGGGACAGUGUCCAGGGAGCUGUGUAAACAGCACAUUGCAUGGAGCACUCACACGUAUGUUAUUGUUAGGUUGCCCCCGUCGACGAGAGUCGAGUUGGACGCAAAAACAGAACUUAAAAGAUUUGUUUUCUUCUUUGUGGCGUGGGCCAGCGAGUCAUCCUCCAUCUCAAAGAUGACAAUGAUGGCUUACAAAAAUUCCAGGAUCAGAACGCACUAGUUCCCGAAGGAAGGCGAACUAAAUUUUCGCCAAUUCUCCCAAUGUGCUCCGACUUUGCCUUAGUGAUAACUCUUUAGAGGGCCUAGAGGCAGAUUUGUACUUCUUUUUGUGUGCACUAGUAUCCUGGGACGGCGAUGCUUCAGCCCAGGCCUUGUAACACUCUGCUUUUGCUUUUUCGUGGUGGGGGCGCGGUGUGAGGUGCGCGCGCCGCAUUAGUUCUCCUGGCAGCUAUAGAGUAGGAUGUACGUGUGUGGGUGUGUGUACGUGUGUACGUGUGUGCAGGCUGGCCGCGAGCGUGGUGGUGGGGGCGCGGUGCGAGGUGCGCGCGCCGCAGUAGUUCUCCUGGCAGCUAUAGAGUAGGAUGUACGUGUGUGGGUGUGUGUACGUGUGUACGUGUGUGCAGGCUGGCCGCGAGCGUGGUGGUGGGGGCGCGGUGCGAGGUGCGCGCGCCGCAGUAGUUGUCCUGGCAGCUAUAGAAUAGGAUGUACGUGUGUGGGUGUGUGUACGUGUGUACGUGUGUGCAGGCUGGCCGCGAGCGUGGUGGUGGGGGCGCGGUGCGAGGUGCGCGCGCCGCAGUAGUUCUCCUGGCAGCUAUAGAGUAGGAUGUACGUGUGUGGGUGUGUGUACGUGUGUACGUGUGUGCAGGCUGGCCGCGAGCGUGGUGGUGGGGGCGCGGUGCGAGGUGCGCGCGCCGCAGUAGUUCUCCUGGCAGCUAUAGAGUAGGAUGUACGUGUGUGGGUGUGUGUACGUGUGUACGUGUGUGCAGGCUGGCCGCGAGCGUGGUGGUGGGGACGCGGUGCGAGGUGCGCGCGCCGCAGAAGUUCUCCUGGCAGCUAUAGAGUAGGAUGUACGUGUGUGGGUGUGUGUACGUGUGUGCAGGCUGGCCGCGAGCGUGGUGGUGGGGGCGCGGUGCGAGGUGCGCGCGCCGCAGUAGUUCUCCUGGCAGCUAUAGAGUAGGAUGUACGUGUGUGGGUGUGUGUACGUGUGUACGUGUGUGCAGGCUGGCCGCGAGCGUGGUGGUGGGGGCGCGGUGCGAGGUGCGCGCGCCGCAGUAGUUCUCCUGGCAGCUAUAGAGUAGGAUGUACGUGUGUGGGUGUGUGUACGUGUGUACGUGUGUGCAGGCUGGCCGCGAGCGUGGUGGUGGGGGCGCGGUGCGAGGUGCGCGCGCCGCAGUAGUUCUCCUGGCAGCUAUAGAGUAGGAUGUACGUGUGUGGGUGUGUGUACGUGUGGGUGUGUGUACGUGUGUACGUGUGUGCAGGCUGGCCGCGAGCGUGGUGGUGGGGGCGCGGUGCGAGGUGCGCGCGCCGCAGUAGUUCUCCUGGCAGCUAUAGAGUAGGAUGUACGUGUGUGGGUGUGUGUACGUGUGUACGUGUGUGCAGGCUGGCCGCGAGCGUGGUGGUGGGGGCGCGGUGCGAGGUGCGCGCGCCGCAGUAGUUCUCCUGGCAGCUAUAGAGUAGGAUGUACGUGUGUGGGUGUGUGUACGUGUGUACGUGUGUGCAGGCUGGCCGCGAGCGUGGUGGUGGGGGCGCGGUGCGAGGUGCGCGCGCCGCAGUAGUUCUCCUGGCAGCUAUAGAGUAGGAUGUACGUGUGUGGGUGUGUGUACGUGUGUACGUGUGUGCAGGCUGGCCGCGAGCGUGGUGGUGGGGGCGCGGUGCGAGGUGCGCGCGCCGCAGUAGUUCUCCUGGCAGCUAUAGAGUAGGAUGUACGUGUGUGGGUGUGUGUACGUGUGUACGUGUGUGCAGGCUGGCCGCGAGCGUGGUGGUGGGGGCGCGGUGCGAGGUGCGCGCGCCGCAGCAGCCGCGCCGCCGCGCCACGGUGCGCUACAACGGCCCGCUGGACGGCGCGCGCGGAGUUUGGAUCGGCGUGCAGUACGACAAGCCGCUGGGCAAGAACGAUGGACAGAUGAACGGCAAACGAUACUUCACAUGUCCUCCCAAUCACGGUGGGUUUGUGAAACCCGUUUACGUAACAGUAGGAGACUUUCCGGAAGAAAAGUUGGAUGUGGAAGAUGAAAUUUAAUCUCAUUUUUUUUAUAAAUUCGCUUGUGUUGUCUGAGAGCUCGUAGUGUGUAGCUCAAUCUUUGGCUAUUAUUAACAUUUAGGGAACUUUAUACAGUUUACCUUUAGUACGAAGAUAAUUACGGGUGAAUUAUGUUAAAAAUCUAGUAUUAAAAAUGUUAAAAAAAAUAUGGUCAUUAUUUUGUUUGAAAGAAUAUAGAUCAGAGCAAUGAUAAAGGACUGAUAAUUGUGAAGUUAUUUUUAGUUUCUCAUGAUAUUUAAAGACUGCUUAUUUUUUACAUUUAUUGAAACAUGCUGGUAGGGUAUUUUAUGAAGGUUUUUUUUUGUUCAGAUAGUUAAGAGAAUAUAAGAUGCUAUAUUUAAUAAAUGGUUUUUUAAUAUAAGUCAUGCAAAAAAAAAAAACAGUUGUGAUUGGAUGAGAAUUAAGUACAAGACUUAGACUUAAUUUUCUACUAUAAUUGCUAUGAUAUUACAAUCGUGCUUUGCAUUUAUCGUAUACAUUUUUACUAUUAGAAAGCCCACAGUGGUUUUACUACUAAUUAGUCAUUUAAAUUACCUUAUUUUAUCACAAACUCAAAAAAAAAAUUAUUUUUUUUAAACUGAAGGCUCUGGGUUCUUGCCCUUCUGAGCCUCCCAAAGAGAAGAAAAGUUUUCAUUCAUACUUAGAGUAUAACACUAAUGUAACAUUCCAUACUCUCGAAACAUUUCUAGUUUUGUUCAACCUCAUACUGAUUGCCGUGAUAAAAUAUUAACAUUAAAUAUUAAUAUUGUAGUGUUUUAGUAUAUGCUUAUGAAAACUAAUAAACACAUUAUAUG